CCAGGACGCCCGGCACUUCCCUCUCCUCGAUCAGUUCGUGUGCGUGGUGCUUCCCGUCCGCCGAGCAGUAGAGUCGCAGAGCGCCGCCGAGCAGCAGGAGGUCGAGAAGAUGAGCCGGCUGGACACCCGGACGCUCAAGGACGAGCUGACGAGCAUGGACCGGCGCCCGCUCCUGGACCUGGGCCACCCGCUCCUCAACCGCGUCGCCGACAGCUUCAUCCGCGCCGCCGGCGUCGGCGCCGCCAGGGCCGUCUCCAGGGAGGCCUACUUCGUCACUGUCGAAGGACUUUCAGGGGACUCGGCCGGGUUGGACCCCAACGGCGGCAAGAGGAGCCAUUUCUCCAGCAUCAGGGGCGACGACAGCCAGAAGUCGCUCGAUGCAGUGGUAAAAACGGCCGGCAAGGAGGCCUUCCAGUGGGGCUUGGCAGCUGGGGUGUACUCUGGGCUGACGUACGGCCUCAGGGAGGCCAGGGGCUGCCAUGACUGGAAGAACAGCGCGAUAGCCGGCGCCAUCGCCGGCGCGGCCGUGGCGCUGACGGGGGACGCCGGCGGCCACUCCGACAAGCUCGUCCAUUUCGCCAUCACCGGCGCGGCGCUGUCCAGUGCCGCGAGCCUGCUCUCCGGCGUAUUCUGAGCUCAGGGUGUCCGGUCAGGUUCUCGAGGGUGUUUAACAUAAAGAAGUUGCAUUGCAGCUCACCGACCAUGAAAAAUGUGGUCCUAGAUCCGCGUGUCAGCUUCCUGCAGCAAGUCUGGCACUAUGCGGUUCCAGUGUAAUCGUUGCUCGUUUGUUUCCAAGACAUUCCAAAUUACCUUUUAGGCUUUUGCCAGUUACAA